AUGUAUGCUUCUCUCGCAUUAAAAACGUGCGUUCAAAGAACUCCCGUGAUACAGGUCCAACGACUAUGGUCAAGCGCUCCUGGGAGACCCCCCCCCCCCCCCCCCGCCACAUUGUGCGGUAGAGGACUGCGCGUCCUCCGCCCCGCCUCGCCCACCGGCGCCGGCGCAGUAACUCCGGGGGGCGGCGGGGCUUCGGCGUUAAUGGCGGCCGGCGGAGCGGAGGAACGGGGCGGUUUGGAGGCUGCCGUGCGGGGUCGGCUCCGCCUCCUCCGGGAGCGUUGGACGCGGGGGACCCGCGAACGCGGCGGUACCGCCGCGUUCGCGGGUCCCCCGCGUCCAACGCUCCCGGAGGAGGUGAGCGCCUUGCAGGCGCUGCCGAUCGACGUGCAGCUGAACAUCAUGUCCUUCCUCUCGCCCCAAGAUUUGUGCCAUUUGGGAAGCACGAGUUGUUACUGGAGGGCGGCUGUGCAGGAUCCGUUGUUGUGGAGGUAUUUUCUCCUGAGGGAUCUCCCCUUUUGGACAUCUGUUGAUUGGAAAUCACUCCCAGAUGGGGAGAUUUUUAAUAAAGCCUUUUCAGAGGUCAGCGAUAAUGCGCUGUAUGAUUACAUGGCAAUAUAUAAAAAAAGCUGUCCUCAGAGUAGAAGAAGUUUGAAAUCAAGCCGUCCCCGGUAUGGGGCUGUGACUUCCUUUUUGCAAUCACUGGUCACUCAGGCAGAACCUCGCUUUGCUAUGUUUGGGCCAGGUUUGGAAGAGCUGGAUGACUCUUUAGUGCAAAAGAUGAUGACAUGCCCAGAAGUUCUGCUAGUAGCUGGCUUACCUCAAAGACAAAUUCACGGAAUUGGAUCAGGAGUCAGUUUUCAGUUUAGCAACAAUCAAAAAUUCAAUAUUCUGACAUUGUAUUCAACCACCAGUGUGGAAAGGAGGAGAGCAAGGGCAGAGCAAGCUGUUGCUGUGAAUAAGAUGUUCUACCAAGAGAACAGUGUAGUAGGGAAUCAGCAAGCCGUGCACUACAGUGUAAUAGCUCAAGUGAAAAAGGUGUGCGAAGUAGUUGAUGGAUUCAUUUAUGUUGCUAAUGCAGAAGCUCAUAAAAACCAUGAUCGUCAAGAGGAACUGGCUCGUAUUUUGGCAAUGAUUGAUCCAGCUCUUGGGCCUCCGAACAGACCUCUGCUAGUUUUGUCUUGUGUCUCUCACAUUGGUGUGAAAAGAAUUCCGUGUGUUUACAUGGCACAUCAGUUGCAACUAAAUCUGCUACAUCAGCCCUGGAUGGUGCAGGACACUGUAGCUGCAACUUUAGCUGGAUUGCUAAAUGGAAUUGAGUGGCUCCUGGAAGAAGCAAAUUGUAAAAAUGCACAGUAAUGGAACUGUGCAUUGUUUUACUGUAUGGAGACUUUGGUGUUUUGCAGUUCAGACAAAGUAAGAAUCUUGUCCUGGCAAAGCACUGUCAGAAGGGAGAUUUAAAAGGCAAACCUGCAUAUAUUUCAGUGCAUGUACUUUAAAAAUUAACAUUCUUCCAACUGUAGUCCUGAAUUAGAAGUACAAGCCAGGAUUGCCUGGAUUCCAGCAGCUGACGAAGUGAUUUGGGGGGGCAAUCUGGGUGGUUUGGUUUUUUUCUGUCUUUCAAGCAGGGGCCUUCAGGGUGCAAAUUUUUCUCAGUAUAGCUGAUAAUCUAAUCUCUUCUGUAAAUGUACAUAACACUAGGUUGGUUUAUCAGCACCGCCCUAUGGCAUGCAUCACGCAUUUAGUAGGUAUAUUCAAUCGUGACAGUGACGGUUCCCAACCAAAGAAAAUAUACUAUACGUUGUACAGUAGUAAGUUGACAGAAAGACAGUAUCCCUUCAAAAGAGUGAAUUCUCCUGUAUUUUUUCCAGAAACAAUGCCUAGACAAGAAAUAGCAGCUGCAGGAGAAUUAUUGGCCCAGACCAAAAUUCUCAGAAGCAAACAAACAAAUUACCGUAUAUGAAUUGGUUGUUUCUUGUUUGUGAUCUUAUUUAUUAAACAACCACAUUAGACUUCAGCAUCUUCUGCUUUCUGUUGCAGUGAAAUUAUUAGCUUGAACUGGACAUACCUCUGAUGUCAUGAAUAAAUGUUGAAUUAUUAGUACUCCAGGACAUUUAUCAAAUACGCAGGACCUAUCAGUUACUCAAAUAGUUGUGGCCAUUUGCAGAUGUGAAGUGUACUUGGCUUGAAAUUUUCUACACUGUUGCAAAUAUUUUUGUAAAAAGGGAAACAACAUUUCAGAGCUGGAAUUGCAUUUUCCAUAUUGAUGUCAUUUGGGAUAGUCCUAGUCUUCCACCUUUUUGAUGUUUUUUCAUUAUUGGAUGAAUGUUCAGAAACUGCCCUUGGAUUUCUUGCCUGUGCAUGUAUUUGCUUUGUUCUUUUUGUUUUGUUUUGUUUUUUUCCCUCUCUCUCUCCAUGGAAAUGCAAUAGUCUCACAAUUUUUUCUUGGUACUUAGAUAAAUGACUACAUGGUGCAUAAUCAGCUGUAACUGCCCUCAGUCUGGUAUGUGUGUCUGAUGCUCAACACAGCUAUGUCAGAAACAUUCCGUUUGAGAAUUUUCUAAUUUUUUAAUGAACUGGGACAGACACAGGAAGUGUUGGGGUUUUGUUUGUUUGUUUUUUUUUCAUAUUUAUGCACAAUUAACUCAGCUUUCUAGACGUUUUUGUAUGUCUUCUAAUAAGGACCUAUGGGAGCUUCAAGGGGAGAUCAAUGGGAAGCUAUACCAUGAUAAUUCUGUGGUCUAUCCUUUUUUUUUAAUAGGGUGUGUGUGCUUUGCCCUUUAAAAUAGAGAAGACACAAAAGAUUUAGGAGUAUCUGGGGGAAAAUUCCACACUCUGUGACUGGGUGUGUGUGACCUUCCUGCUAGUCAUAAUAAUCCCAUAAUGAUCUAUCUGUAGAGGGUUGACUGUAGCAACCUGUUGCUAUGUUAGCUACUACAAAUACGUUUUUUUGUGAGAUCCUCGUUCUGCUUUCUUCAUAAGGAAUAAAUUAUUUUUUAAAAAAUGA